AUGGACAUUGACGAUCUCCCAUCUGGCCACACCAACGCCUCGAGCACUGUGAUCACGCCGGGAGAAACGGUCACCGACGACCCUCAGUGGAUGCGCGGUCACGGAACUUUUGCGCCCACCGACAGCACGCUCAUCUGCUCCACGCUAGCCGGUACUUUACAAAAGACCAACAAACUCCUCUCCAUCGUUCCUCUGCGCGCAAGAUAUACACCGGAGAUUGGCGAUCUGGUGAUUGGAAGGAUAGUGGAAGUGCAAAGCCGGAAAUGGAAGGUCGAUGUGGCUGCGCCGCUGCUCGCACAUCUCCCCCUCAGCUCCAUCAACUUACCCGGCGGCAUUCAGCGCAAGCGAACGAGCGUGGACGAGCUGAACAUCCGCUCGUAUUUCAGCGAGGGCGAGUUGAUUGUUGCAGAAGUCCAGUCUCUGUUCCAGAGCGGGGCUGCGUCGUUGCACACCAGGAGUUUGAAAUAUGGCAAGCUUCGCAAUGGAUACUUCCUUGCUGUCAGUGGUGUCGGCGGCGGCUCUGGAGUGGUUCGCGCGAGGAGACAGAUCUUUUCCAUUCAGACCGCAAGAGGAGGGGAAGUCGAUGUCAUCCUGGGCGUGAAUGGGUAUAUCUGGCUCGCGAAGCAUGUGGACGAGAAGCGAGAGGAGGUGGGGUUGAAUCGGUUGGAAGAGACGGCGAGUUCGGCAAUGUACUCCAGCCAGAACGACGAGAUUGGGGUGGAAACGAGACAGGAGAUUGCGAGGAUUGCAGGGUGUGUUCGCGCUCUGAUCGAAGGGGCUGUCAAAGUGGAAGAGGAGACGGUCAGGAGAGCUUACGAUGCGGCUGUGGAGUUGGACGACUUUGAGGGAGGUCUUGAGAUCCCGGCGCAGCAGCGAGGGAGGAAUAUCGUGCAGGUCGUGCUCAAUAGCGGGUGA